AUGUUACGGCACGAUCGACUGCUGGAUAUCAACAGAUACAGAAAGUACCGCGAAAAGGGACGGAUCUCUCCUAGAGGAAAUUCUAGUAUUUCUACUGGAAGUAGCAUCGGCACUGCAUCUUUGAGCACUUCGCCACUUAGCUUUUCCUCUUCGUCCUUUUUUGGUAGUUCGAAAAGCGAAGAUGAUCAAGAUUCAGGAAUGAACCAAAUAAACCGGAACGAAAACCAUCUCGUUCACUAUGCAAGUAAAAAUAAUCUAUUGGAUAAAACCAGGCGUCAGCUUCAAAACAAAGCCGAAGUGAGCCGUCAAAACAAAGUCGAAAGGAGUCGCAAGCUCGAGAAAUUUGAAAAGUUCAAGCGCGCGAAAAAGACAUUCGAACUCAAGAAGAAGCUUUUGGAGAUAUCCUAUCCAGCAGAACCUAGUAUAGCACAACUAUCCCAAGUUUCAGUGACCAAGAUGGGGGUCGUUCUUGGAUCGAGUAACUACAAAGCUUCUGUUCCGAAACGAAUUACAAUUGUGGAAAGUCCAGCAAAGGAAAACCAAUCCACAGUUUCGGGGAGUAGAAAGUCAAUUGACCCUCCUCGAAACUUACUGCAAAUUUCCACACAGACAUCGACGCCGCGAAAAGCGCCAACACCGCGGAAUGCCCCGUCGAGGGAAAUGCAAUCAACGAAACCAAUCGACCCUCCUCGAAAUAUUUUGCAUGUUGCAACUCAGGUGUUGUCGCCGCGGAAAGCUCCAACGCCUCGAAAGGCACCAUUGAGAGGCAAAAAGUCAAUGUCACCUGUUGAUCCUCCGCGAAAUUCCUCCCUGAUUAUCACUCAGGCGUUAACACCGCGGAAGGCGCCAACGCCAAGGAAGGCACCAUUGAGGGAUAUCCAGCCAGCGUUGUCUUCCGAUCCCCCAACUUUGCGAAGUCCUCGGACGCCAAGAGCUGCACCAAUGACUCCAAGGGGCUUUGCUCCACUAAAUCUCCCUAGCAUGAAAGAAUUGAAAAAACAGGUUGAGGAUCGCUAUGAUCGAAUCAAGCGAGAACCUCCAUCUGGGAAUGUGCCAACGACCCCACCCGUUGAAAAAGUCUUGGAAUCCACUAGUAUUGAGGAUCGACACGAUUCACCUUCGUUGUAUAGUCAAAGCACAUGCAAAGAGAUAGUGUUGUACCAAAAGCAGGACGAAAGAAGAGCAACUGGAGCUGAGGAUCUAUCCCUACAAAUUCAGGCAACACACAGUAUGCAAAGUACAUUGGGUUUUGAUAGCAUGUCGUCGCCGUACCAAGAUGACAAGGGACAAACCGUGGCCAGAGUUGAAGAAACAGAGAGUCGUGCCCAUUUUUGCGUGCCCUCAACACUGAUGGCAGAUCCGUACAACCGGAAAGUGGAAGGGACUGAGACACAUCCAAUCUGUCUUGAGGACAUCAUUGACCUUUCGGACGCUACCGAACCCCCUCCUACUCCGAAAACUCUCUCAAAACCUUCCCCUUUGCAGAUCGAAACGUACACAACAACAUACAGUCCGGCUUUCAACAGUUUUGAUUACACCUUUCCCCCCAAAAUGCAAAGCUCGCGAUCCACAAAGAUUCCGACCCCAUCCAUUCGUUUCGAUUUCACUCCAUCAAACGCUUCUGUACGGCCGAAGUCAACAUCAAAGGCAAAGGCUGGAACAGCAACAUUUAGCUUUUCAACCCCGUCUCCUGGAUCCAGGCAACCACCAAACGAGAUGAUGCCUUCCUCAAUAGGAAGUCAAAAAGGCUUGAAUAGAUCGCAAUCCACUAGCCGUCUCUAUGAUAGAGAUCCCUACUCCGGGUUGGCCAAAUCUUUCGCAAGCACCGAAUUCUGGCCGCUGAACCAGAAACGGCACUCCACUUUUCAAUUCACAAAAACGCCGUCGAACGAGCGAAACUCACAUUCGCGGAAACUUACACCCGAAACAAACCAGCACUCUGCCAUGGUCAUGCUGUCGCCAGAAAGCAAAUUGCGUUUGAGUACAUCGCUCUUUGUAAAUCCCUCUGUUUCUGCCACGUCUACCAGCAUUAUCCCCCCUUCAGAAACCAAGGCGCCAAGUAGCGAACCAAGGAGGCAACGUCGAUCAAUUAUUCAUCGUCAAGCGACAGACAAGGAAAGAUUCGCGAUGCAAAGGGGGCUACGGAAACCCGACGAGAAGCCUGACAACCACAACACUGUCCUCAUCAGAGAUAGACGUCCUAUGACACCGCGAAAGCAGUCUGUGGCGUUGCAAAAAGCAAACGACGAGCAACUUGGUCAGGGAGAUGCACUCGAAAACGCCGACUCAGAAGCGGCUCAAAGGACUGCAAGGAUGAUCUAUGCUCAAGAUUUUUACAGAAUGAUCCAGAAACAGAAAUUGCGGGACAGGUAUCUUAAUAAGGGUCGAAACUCGAGAAAGAGACAGAGGUGCGGUGGAAAUGGUGUCUCUUUCGUCGUUCGAAAACGACCAAUUGCUGAUACUGAAGUCGAUGACGGUGAAUAUGAUGUUGUCAAUACAGAAACCAGCGAUGCCCAAGGAAUCAUCGUCUACGAAACGAAAGUACUUUCGGACAUGAAGGCGAAAGAAUUGGUCCCACAUUCAUUUCGGUGCAAUGAGGUCAUAUCUGACUUGAAAAGUAUGGAUGAUCUCUAUACCCGUGUAGCCCAACCACUUGUAGAUUUAGUCAAUGGAGGUGGCUUCGCAACGAUAGUUAUGUGUGGUACGGACGGAUCAGGAAAAAAUGAAAAUCGCGUUGCGAUUGAAGAGCGCCUGGUCAAAGACAUAUUUGUAUCACAAAGAGAAGCAAAGACAGUAACAGUGCAGUACGUUGAACUAUGUGGGAAGAAUUGCUACGAUUUGCUUUCUCCUGGUUCGUUUGUUGAGGUUGUUGAUAAAGAAGGAGGAUAUUUCAAAUUGGAAGGUGCCAAGGUGGAAACUAUCAGUACUGAUCAUGAGAUGCUGCGAAUGUUUUCCAACGCCAAGAGAAGACUUGUAUCCAGAACAAAUGUUCGAAAGCAAAAAGAUGAGAAGUCCUUUCUGCUGUGCCAAAUUAAGAUUAACCGACAUGGUGUCAGUCCAACUGGCUGCCUCUCGCUUUUGGAGUGCCCUGUAACCGAGUUCGACGGAGUUUGGGUUCCAACAGUGGACACAACAACAGUGAAAACAACUUUUGACACACUGAUGCAGUGCAUUAGCGCAAAAAUCGCAAGGAGAACAAUCACGAAUCCGUUCCGUAACAUCAACAAUAUUACGAAGCUGAUGAAAGAAAGCUUUGAAACAAGAGAGUCGAGAGUCUGUGUGCUCUCCACAAUUUCACCUGUGGCUACAGAAACAGAGAAAAUUCUUACAACGCUCUCAUCCAUGUGUAAUGUCAUGCGUGGUUCCAAGCCGAGACACAGGGCGACAAAGAAUGGACCGUUACAAAUCCAUAACAGUGCAGUGCUACAAGACGAAAGCUUAUUUUUGCCCCGGCAGUGGACAAAUGAGCAACUCAUGAGCUGGAUGACGAAAAAGAAUCUUGUUGACAAUUCAGUGUCCUCGAAGGUCAAUGGUAGAGUGGCCAUGAGACUGACAAAGCAACAGCUAAACCAAACAUUUUAUGAUACGGCCAACAUCAACAAAGCGUCGAAGCUUUACGAUGCAUUGCGAGCUGAAAAUGACCGCAUUGCCCGUCUUCGCGUCAAGAGACGAAUGUCCAUAUCGCUACAGGAAUAUAAUACUUGA